AUGCUCCCGUGCAACUCGACUGUCGUCCUCUCGAGGACUUGCUACGCCCACGCCCACGCUGUACGAAAUACACUGCUGGGCAGAACUGCCACGUCGCGGGCUGUAGUUGGAAGAGGCCGUCGCGCAUACGCGACCGAUCAUCCAGGCCCUGACCGCGGCACCCACUCUGCCGGAGAUCGCAACGCACCCCUCCACCGAAGGCUUGCCAAUGCGUGGAAGGACACCCCCACAAAGUGGUAUCCUCUGCCCGUCUUCGUCGGCGCGCUCGUCCUCACUGCCUUGCAAUAUCGCAGACGAGUGACCGAGAGGGAGGUCCACGUAGAUGAGAAUGGCCAGGAGGUAGUACGUCUGAAGGGUCCGUGGCAGGUGCAUGUCCUGGGUGCCCUGCCUUUGCGCAACAUGUCACGUCUGUGGGGCACCGUGAACUCUAUGGAGCUACCUGUUUGGUUCCGUCCUAUAGGCUUCCGGCUCUAUGCAUGGGCAUUCGGCUGCAACAUCGACGAAGCGGACCAGGACGAUCUCACUCAGUAUGUCAGUCUCGGCGACUUCUUCUACAGGAAGCUCAAGGACGGCGUCCGUCCCGUAGCAGAUACCGUCCUGGUAAGCCCUGCAGACGGCCGCAUGCUCCACUUUGGCGCCAUCACGGACGGGCGCGUCGAGCAGAUCAAGGGCAGCACCUACUCGCUCGACGCACUGCUCGGCAUCGAGCGGCCCAACUCGCCCAAGCCGACCUCGGUCGCGUUCGCGGCGCGCGACAUGGCGGAGGUCGACGACCGCACGUUCGCCGACAUCAACGGCAUCGAGUACAGCCUGCGCGACUUCCUCGGCACGUCGACGCCGCCCUCGCCGGCGGCGUCCGGCACGAGCACGCCCACCGCGGACGCGCACGACCGGGCGCGGGCCGGCGGCCUCCCGGCGCCGAACGCGAAGAAGCACGGCGAGCAGAUCGACGCGUCGGUCUCUCCCGACGGCCCGCUCGCGGACGUCGUCGCGCACGAGGCGUCGGUCGCGGCGGAGAUGGGCGCGCAGCCGUUCCUGGACCGCGCACGGGGCAUGAGCCGCUACGCCGUGAAGCCGGGGCACGGCUUGUACUUCGCGGUCAUCUACCUGGCGCCCGGUGAUUACCACCGGUUCCACAGCCCGACUGCCUGGGUGGUGGAGAAGAGGCGGCAUUUCGUAGGCGACCUGUUCUCCGUCUCACCAUGGAUGGUCAAGCGCUUGGAGAAUCUCUUCGUGCUCAAUGAACGGGUCGCUUUGCUCGGCCGGUGGAAAUAUGGCUUCUUCGGGAUGGUCCCUGUCGGUGCAACCAACGUUGGAAGUAUCAAAAUCAAUUUCGACCAGGCAUUACGUACGAACGUGGGUGCGCGCCGCCCGCCCCCUACCGGUACCUACUCUGAGGCCGUGUACACUGCCGCGUCACCCAUCCUGCGAGGACAGCCACUGACGAAGGCGGAGGAGAUGGGUGGAUUCUGUCUGGGGAGUACCAUCGUGCUCAUUUUCGAGGCACCUGAGGACUUCAAGUUCUCGGUGAGCACAGGUCAAAAGGUGAAAGUGGGGGAGGCUUUGGGAGAUGUCCCCUCGAACACUGGCACUGCUGCUUAG